GGCAAAAGCGUGAAAGAUGUAUUAUGCGUGGAGUGACAGUAAUCUUUCAGUGAAUUAUGAGCCGAUAACGUCGAACCUUAUGUCGGUGCGGUUAGCUAAUAAUUAAAUAUUGUAAUUAUAUUACAUUAAAAAAAACGAAGAAAAAAAAAUGUAAAUUGUAUGGUAGUAAUAAUAGUGAUUUGUAAAUCGUGACGAGGUAUCAUUUUAUUAUAAAGUAAUUGUGUGUAAACACCGCGACGGCAACACAGAUACUCUAAUUUAGUAUUUUUCCUGAGGUGACGAUGAUUGCUCAUUAUAUAAUUCCCGAAUGAGGAAACGUUAUGGACAAUAAGAAACGUGCCAGUGUUAAUUAAAAUAAUUUCCACGAACAUGUCCGGCCGCGAGAGCUCAACUGCUAUUAGAUUAUUUAACAAUGCAGUACAUUUGGUAAAAUGCAUUGUGCGUACCAGUUUUGUUAUACUAAACAACGCCUACUGCAUACCAACGUAUGUUGUAUGGAUGAUGUUACUAUUCCCAAUAAAAUUAUACCAGCCCCAAGUUUAUUGGCGGAUAGAAGGGCUUUUUUUCCAUUGGCUGCUGGCGAUGGUCUCAACAUGGACUUGGUCAGCCGGUUAUGACAUAAUUGAACAUGGUGAUGACAUACAGAGGAUCACAAGUGACAGAACAUUAGUCAUUGCAAAUCACCAAAGUACCGGGGAUGUUCCUAUACUGAUGACAACUUUCAACGCAAAGCCAAAUGUGCUGCCAAAUCUCAUGUGGAUUAUGGACAGGAUAUUCAAGUUCACUAAUUUUGGCAUCGUUUCCAUUUUACAUCAAGAUUUUUUUAUCGUUUCGGGUCGCGACAAGCGAGGAGAAAGUUUGCAACAAUUGGAGAAGCACUUGAGGACUUCUUACAUACCGCCUGGCAGGAAAUGGAUGGUUUUGUUCCCUGAAGGAGGUUUUUUACGUAAAAGGCGUGAGACAUCACAAAGAUAUGCAAAGAAAAAUAAUCUGCCGAUUUUGGAAUAUGUGACGUUGCCAAGAGUUGGAGCUAUGCAAACGAUAUACAAUGUCGUUGGUCCUACACAAAACAACAAUUCUAUUGAUCACCAGCUAAACAACAGAUCAAAUAUGACUGUAGCUAAACCAGAACUAAGUUGGGUCUUGGAUAUAACCAUAGCUUAUCCUCAGGGUAAACCAAUAGAUCUACCAACAAUUGUGACUGGUUCCAGACCACCUUGUGAUACGGUACUCUUUUACAGAGUAUAUCCCAGUUCGCAGGUACCAAAAGAGCCGGAAUUACUCACAAAAUGGCUCUAUGAUAGAUGGGUGGAAAAAGAGGCACUUUUGGAGAAUUUUUACAAAUACGGAACGUUUCCUCAAGCCCCUGGAACACCACAAAAUGGAUCGAAAAUUCAACAAGAUCCCUUGCGUUUUCUAGUCCUACAUUUGUUUUUCAUAACUUCUAGUUAUAUUCACUACAAUAUGCUAGCGUAUGUGUGGUCCUGCAUCUGGUAAGUUAUAUUUCUAAUGUGUGAAUGCAAUAGAAUGUAUCUGUCAACUGUAGCAUAUAUCGCGUGACCAAUGGAAAAAAGGCCUAAGCGAAGAAAAGUGUAAUUUAAAUGGCAAAAGAGCGUAUAUUUUUUGUUCGCCGAUUAAUAGGAAAACGGAGAAUAUCGCUGUUAUCUUUUAAGCCAAAAAUUAAAAGGCAACAGGGUGUGAUCGCCUUCGAUACGCCCUUGUGUCAUUAACGAAAUUUCGGACUGAUGCCAAAAAGGCGUAUU